UUUUCUGGGCACUCUAUUUUUUUUUAUUUUUAUUUUUUUCCUCUUCCAUUUGUUUCUCUCAUCCUCCUCUUCCUCUUCACUCCGUAUUUCUUGUCAAUAAUAAAUUGUUUGAUUGUUGAUUGUCAUCUUUGCUCCACUUGCUUUCGGGACUAUUGGACUCGUUUGCCUAUAUCUAUCCAUCUUUCCCGUUCCUCUUCCUCUUCGUCUUUGUCCUCUUCCUCUUCCCUCCAUCCCGGGUUUUCUCCCAUCUUCCCACUCCCUUUCUGUCCGGGUAAUUCCUGUGUAUAUCUUGACUCUAGAAUAAUUCAUCCUUCAAGUCUCGUCUAGUCUGUCUAGACUACUAUCCUUCUUAGUGAUUGUGACGACAACGACACCACCAUGGCGGCCAAGAAGCCCAACAUCCUCUACAUUAUGGCGGACCAGAUGGCCGCUCCCCUUCUGGCCUUCCAUGACAAAAACUCUCCUAUCAAGACUCCCAAUUUGGAUCGUCUGGCUCGGGAAGGUGUGGUGUUUGAUUCCGCAUACUGCAACUCCCCGCUGUGUGCUCCCUCGCGCUUCGUCAUGGUGACCGGUCAGCUCCCGUCCAAGAUUGGCGCCUACGACAACGCCUCAGACUUGCCCGCCGACAUCCCCACAUAUGCCCAUUAUUUGCGCCGCGAAGGCUAUCACACGGCUCUGGCUGGUAAAAUGCACUUUUGUGGACCAGAUCAGCUGCAUGGCUAUGAGCAGCGACUGACCAGCGACAUUUACCCCGGGGACUAUGGUUGGUCCGUCAAUUGGGACGAGCCGGAUAUUCGUCCGGACUGGUAUCACAAUAUGUCGUCUGUGAUGGAGGCAGGUCCUGUCGUGCGCACCAACCAGCUCGACUAUGACGAAGAAGUCAUCUACAAGUCUACGCAGUAUCUUUAUGAUCAUGUCCGCCACCGUACCGACCAGCCCUUCUGCUUGACGGUCUCCAUGACCCAUCCGCAUGACCCCUACGCGAUGACCAAGGAAUUCUGGGACCUGUAUGAAGACGUCGACAUUCCGUUGCCCAAGACUCCUGCGAUUCCCCAGGCCCAGCAAGAUCCCCACUCACAGCGGGUCCUCAAGUGCAUUGACUUGUGGGGCAAGGAGAUACCCGAGGAGCGCAUCAAGGCUGCACGCCGCGCCUACUACGCCGCCUGCACCUACGUCGACACCAAUGUCGGGAAGCUGCUGAAGGUGUUGGAGAACACUGGGCUGCGCGACAACACCAUUGUCGUCUUCACCGGAGAUCACGGCGACAUGCUGGGUGAGCGAGGCUUGUGGUACAAGAUGGUCUGGUACGAGAACUCGGCACGUGUGCCCAUGAUCGUGCAUGCCCCUAACCGCUUUGCUCCUAAGCGCGUUUCGGAGAACGUCUCGACCAUGGAUCUGCUGCCUACCUUUGCCGCAAUGGCUGGAGCCCCCUUGGUCGAGGAGCUUCCGCUGGACGGUGUGUCGCUGAUGCCUUACCUCACUGGCGAGGAGGGUGUCAAGACCGACACGGUGCUGGGCGAGUAUAUGGCCGAAGGCACUCAAUCCCCUACCGUUAUGAUCCGUCGCGGCAGGUGGAAGUUUGUCUAUUCGUUGAUCGAUCCCCCCAUGCUUUACGACCUCGAGAACGACCCGGAGGAACGGGUGAACUUGGUUGCGGGUCUUGCUGAGCCGUCGCAAUCCUUUGCCGUCAAGGGUGCCUUGCCUGAUCAGGUCAGGUCUACCGCACUACCUACACCGGCUGACACGCCGUCGGGAACUCCUCGUGUGUCGCCAGUACCCCAGCGCGCCAAUUCAUCCUUCCCUCCCGCCAAGUUUCCCGCUGCGCCGCCUGCGACCACCAAUCCGGCCACGCUGUUGGCGCACUUCACCGAGGAAGUGCACGCUCGCUGGGAUCUGAAGGCGAUCCGAGAGGACGUGCUGCGGUCGCAGCGCCGGCGUCGCCUGGUGUACUCGGCAUUGAUCCAGGGCACUCCGACCAUCUGGGACUAUGAGCCUCGCAUUGACCCUAGCACGCAGUAUGUGCGUAACCAGGGCAAGGGGGCUUUGGACGAUGUCGAGUUUAUCUCGCGCUGGCCUCGUGUGUUACAGCAGGCGGCCAACGCCAUGGGUGCGAAGGUUUAGCCGGCGGGUUGCCAACACCAUGGGCGCGAGGGUUCUGGCCAGCAUGCAACCUAGCAUAUGACGGCGACUCGUGCCGACUCGUGCUUGAUUGAAAGGAAUGAUUUCUUGCAAGGUUUAUCUCGGCAUCUGAUUUCGGUUUUAAUUGUUGCAGCUUGUUCUAGCGCGCGUAUACCCGGGCUUUUGUUGCAUUCAUGGUUUGCUAGCGAUUUGAAUGCGUCGGGUUGAUCGUUUGUUUCAUUUGAUCCAGAAAUUUGGUACAUAGGAUCAUCAAGUGUAUUUAGAGUACCCAGACUGUAGUAUAGAUCAAUGAAUCUACAUACAU